GAUUGUUCUUUUAUUUAAAGCAAUAUGUCAGAAACAGCGGGAAUUUCGCAAGGAUUGGGAAAUCCUUACAAAAUUGUCGAUCAUACUCGAGAAAAACGAAAGGGAAUCACUGCUUCUUCUUUAAAAGAAUUAACCAGUAUUGCUAGAAAUCGCUUGUCUUUACCUUUGGAUGCAGAACUAACAAUUGUUCUAGAACAAGAUGGUACUGAGGUAGAUGAUGAAGAAUAUUUUGCAACAUUAGAAAGAAAUACUAGUUUAAUGGUUCUAUAUGGAGAUCAAAAGUGGGUGGCAGCAGGAAGUAGUAAAGCUGCUUCUCGUUACAUUGUUGUUGAUGAUGUAGAUAAUAUAGAAGGUGGACAAAGAAGAGAGGAAAUUAGAAGGCGUCGACCACCAAUAGAAGCUUUAGUCUCAUCAUUGCACGGUGACCCAUCACAUAUAUCAUUGCUCGAUGGACAUAAUUUAGAAUUGCUCAGUGAUAUGGAUCCAGAUAGUGUGGCUGAUAUAGUGUCUGGCAAUAUAAUUUUCCUUGAGCAAUUAAAAGAAGCUUCAGGCAGAUUCUUAGCUGAAAAACGGCAAGCACAAGGAUCCCUGGAUGUUCUUCAGAUGUGUGCAAGUGGUGGAGAAAUAGAGCGAGCGUAGGCCAUGUGGGGGGUGGGCGCCCUCACAUUGGCUAAUAUGUAUCGAGUGCGACGUCGCAUAUUUUAUAAAGGUCGCCAACUACAACAAACUUUGAUCCUUUUCUGGAAUUGAGCCCAUCACAUUUAUAGCGUGAAAGUUUUCUACGCUAUCUAUUACCAUCAUAUUGUUCAUGAAAACUGAAUGUUUACAUUGUCAAUGAAAAUUUGAGAUUCUUCUAUGCAACAUUUUAGAAGAUGUAAUGGUGAAGAAACAUGUAUAGGAACUAUUGAGUUCCUAUUUUCGACGGGUAGUCAAAACUUAUUUCUGGGAUAUUUGCAAGUAUUUACUAAAUAUGUGAACAUUUAAAUUUAUUAGCAAAAAUGAAAUAUAUGGAAAGUUGAUGCUUGUCCAUGCUAUAAGUUAAUACCGUAAUAAUGCAUAGUUCUAUAUUUUGUUAAUAGUAACUUGUUUUCUUGAUUUUUUAAUUUUAUAUAGGUUUAUAGUAUAUAUAUGCCUUUCUAGUGUUAUAUAUUUUGUAGAAUAUGACAUAAGGAAUUGCUUUAAUGCAAAAUGAGGUCUUAAAAUACACAUGCAUAGUUAAACACAUGCAAUUUAGCCAUUAAAUAAUCUGAAUGUACUACAUAAACAAAAGCUAUAUAGAAAUAUCAUGUCAAAGAAAACAUUCCGUCACGAUGUUGUCAUAUCAGUAUUAGCAAAAAGACGACAUGUUUGGUUUGUGAACUUUUGUAUGUAGAUAUAUUAUACCAAGUUUAGUUCAACGAAGAUUGAUGAAAUGUUUAAGACUGAAUUUAUAGAGAAAGAAUGCAUCCCCAUUAUAAUCAUCAAUUCAUUGUACACUAAAUUUAGCGUGGUAAUAGGAAAAACCAAUAUCAGCUCUUUGAUACCAAAGUUAUGCAUUUGAUAAGAAAAACUGCAAAAAAAAAAAGAAAAUGUGCAGGUGUUUCUGAAAA